AUGGGUGAAUCUAAGGAAAUAUGGUCAGCACCAAUAACACCUAGAACAGGAAAUUCAUUGAUGGGAACACCUAUGGUAGCAUCACCACCAGUUUCAUGUCCACCUUCACAGCUUCAUUCACCAUCUCUCACAAGAUCACCACUUCUUCAAUCAGAAAAUGGAGAUGCUCCACAUCCAAGGAGCAAGACUCCAAAGACACCUAGAACACCUAGAACACCAAGAAUGUCUUUGACUCCAAGAUUUAUUACUCCUUUGGCAAGUCCUAUGAGAAAAGCUUUGAAACUAACUAAGCUUGAUCCUCAAGAUGCUUGGUUACCAAUAACUGAAUCUAGGAAUGGUAACAAAUACUAUGCUGCUUUUCAUACUCUUUGUUCUGGGAUUGGUAUUCAAGCUCUUGUUCUUCCUGUUGCUUUCACUAUUCUUGGUUGGACAUGGGGAAUAAUAAGUUUGACAAUAGCAUUCAUAUGGCAACUAUACACCUUAUGGCUACUCGUCCAUCUUCACGAAUCCGUCGAGAACGGUGUUCGCUACAGCCGUUACCUUCAACUCAGCUUCGCCACAUUCGGUGAGAAAUUGGGGAAAUUACUAGCAUUAUUUCCAAUUCUGUACCUAUCAGCGGGAACAUGUACUACACUGAUCAUCAUAGGAGGAUCAACCGCUAGAACAUUCUACCAAGUUGUAUGUGGAGAAUCAUGCACUGCAAAACCUAUGACUACUGUGGAAUGGUACUUGGUUUUCACCUGUGCGGCUGUGGUUUUGUCUCAGUUACCAAACUUGAAUUCCAUUGCUGGAGUUUCCCUCAUUGGAGCUGUCACUGCUGUAGGGUAUUGUACCUCUAUUUGGGCUGCUUCUGUGGCACAAGGUGCUUUACCAGGGGUGAAUUAUAAUCCUGUGAGGGGUGGGAAUAAAGUUGAAAAUGCUUUUAGUGUGCUUAAUGCUUUUGGGAUCAUUGCUUUUGCUUUUAGAGGUCACAAUCUCAUCCUUGAAAUUCAGGCUACUAUGCCUUCAAGUGAGAAGCAUCCAUCACAUGUGCCCAUGUGGAAAGGAGUGAAGGCUUCUUACACACUCAUUGCUGCCUGCAUAUUUCCCUUAGCUAUUGGCGGCUAUUGGGCUUAUGGCCAACUCAUUCCUGCAAACGGAGGAAUGCUCACGGCCCUAUACAUGUUCCAUUCGCGUGACGUAUCAAGAUUUGUACUAGGGUUAACAAGUUUUUUUGUGGUUGUGAAUGGUUUGUGUUCGUUUCAAAUAUAUGGCAUGCCGGUUUUCGAUGACAUGGAAUCGGUUUACACAACAAGAAUGAAGAAGCCAUGUCCAUGGUGGCUGCGUGUGAUUUUCCGUGUCUUCUUUGGGUGUUUGUCCUUCUUCAUAGCAGUGGCACUUCCGUUUUUGUCGAGCUUGGCUGGUUUGAUUGGAGGAGUAGCAUUGCCAGUGACAUUGGCAUAUCCAUGUUUCAUGUGGCUCAAAAUAAAGAAGCCAAAGAAGUAUAGUUUGAUGUGGUAUCUCAAUUGGUUCUUGGGAACAUUUGGGAUUGGUCUAAGUGCCAUAUUAGUUACAGCUAGUAUAUAUGUUAUUAUUGAUACUGGUGUUAAUGUGAGCUUUUUUGACCCUAAAUAG